AUGCAAGAGCCUAACCAGUCUUCUGUGACCGAAUUCAUCCUUCUGGGCUUCUCCCUCAGCCCCAGGACCACUCCUCUGCUUUUCUCUGCUUUCUUGAUCACCUACCUGUUGAUUAUCCUAGGCAAUGGCUUCAUCACCCUCCUCAUCUGCCUGGACUCGCACCUCCACACACCCAUGUACUUCUUUAUUGGCAUGCUUUCUAUGUUGGAUCUAGGAUACACAACUACAACUCUUCCCCAGAUGUUGGCACAUCUGGCUAGCCAGGAGAAGAACAUCUCUUUUGCCAGUUGUGUGGCCCAAAUGUAUAUUUUCUUGGUGCUAGGAAUCACAGAGUCCUGGCUCUUUGCCAUCAUGUCCAUAGACAGGUAUGUAGCCAUCUGCCAUCCACUCAGGUAUAAGGUUGUCAUGACUCCAUGGGUAUGUGGGAUAAUGGUCAUCUUCUGUGGACUCUGGGGUGUCAUAUCUGCUCUUGUCUACACUGUCUUUGCCAUGUGUCUGCCCUACUGUGGCCCCAACAAGAUCAACCACUUCUUCUGUGAAGUCCCUGCAGUCUUGAAGCUGGCCUGUGCAGACACCUCAGUAAAUGACUGGGUUGACUUCAUUCUUGGAUUUAGUGUCAUCCUGGUCCCACUCUCCCUCAUCCUCAUCAUCUACAUCAAUAUCUUCAUUGCCAUCUUAAGGAUUCAUUCAGCCCAGGGGAGGGUCAAGGCCUUCUCUACCUGUGCCUCUCAUAUUACUGUGGUCACCAUGUUCUGUGUGCCAGCCAUGCUCAUGUAUAUGAGGCCUGGAUCUAUGGUCUCCCCAGAAGAGGACAAAAAGCUGGCUCUAUUCUAUAAUGUCAUCUCUGCCUUUCUCAACCCGAUCAUCUACAGCCUUCGGAACAAGGAUGUAAAGAGGGCUUUCCUCAAGAUAACAGGCUGGGGCAGGACUUCAGAAUGA